UAUACUUCAUAAUGACUCCCGAUUUUUUCUAUUUUACUGAGGUGGACCGACCUGCAGAGACAGACAUCUAUUCUGCAGCAGUGAGUUUAGUCGGACACGCCAGCUCUCUGGUCGGACUAGAAAUCGAGCUCUGCCCUGUUUCGUUGGGGUCUUGUAGUUGUACUUGUUGUUGUUGUUGUUGUUGGUUGUAUUUUGUUUUUUAACAGUUACACGGUUUGAGGUAACUCCGAGGUCUUGUAUGUACGAGUAUCUGCACAAAAUUGUGACCGCGUUCAAACAAAACGCUUCCUUCGGCUUUCCUCCGCUUUUACUUUUCGACACACACACACACGGAUUCUUCGCUCGAGGCUGACCUUUUGGCGACACCUAUCCAGGUCUUUUAUAACCGAGGAGGAAGCCAACAGCGACGACGGGCUGCCGACGUGAGGCCGACCAUAGACGGACGCACAGACACAGUUUGUGGUUUCUUCAGUCAAGUUUCAAGUUCAAGUCGGAUCACUCUACUCUCGUGGUGGUGGUCGAGGGAUCACGAUGUUACCUGCGUAGAUGUCAUCAGUCCCCAGUGACAUAAUCUGACAACUCAAGAUGCGCAACACGACAAACAGUCCACCCCGCCAUCUUUCGGGCCACCGGAAGAGGCGUGGCUGCUUCCUGUUCAACGUCUACUCGUUCUUCCUGGGCCUGGGAAGUGGCAUCAUCGCCACCAUCUACGCUCUUUCGGAGACGAGUCCUCUGCUCACCAAGAUUCUCAUGCCGCUAGCUCUACUCUCCGGCCUCGCCACCGCCACCGCCCACAUAGCUCUGACCUGUACCCAGAAGUUCACGCCCAAACGACGCAAGCUGGCGCGCUCAUUGGUCAACAUCUGCGGCCACAUCUUGACCACCAUCAUCACCUGUGUGGCCACCUUCAGCUUCUCCAACGCCCAGGGCCUGUUCUUCUUGUGUGGCAUAUUCUCGGCCUCUUGUUAUUUCAUGGCUGCCAUCGCCUUUAUCGUGAAUUUAGUUCGCGACCGUGUGCGGAAGCAAGGAGGGGGAGGAAGAGGAGGAGGAAGAGGAGGGGAGAAUAACAGGGCAGGGUCACAGGAAAGAACUUCCCCUUCUCUAAACGACGCUGCUUUGCCUCCUUAUGUCAACGAAUUUGUGACCCCCAUAGAGUUGGCGAUGCUGUCUUGUCAAAUACCCAUCGAUUUCCCUUCGUCUCCGUCGGUCGGAUUUUCAGGAGAGCGUACUGCGUCGUCUCAAAAUAAUAAUAGUAAUAGUAACAAUAAUAAUAAUAAUAAUAAUUCUCGGGGAGUGAGAAACUGGGGAAGCUCUGGACAGUCAAUUACUUCCCCUUCCUCGGGCACAGGGGGUGUGACAGGAGGACUGAACAGCCACGGCCUCACGGUGACACAGCUCGCCAUGUUGGCUAUUCCGUCAACCGUGGUGCUUCCCUCGUACGAAGAGGCGGCGUCUCGAACGAACUCGGAUCUCCCGCCAAAAUAUUCGGAGAUCGCGGGUAUUCCUGAAGACAAUCGAGUCAUCGAAAGUGCUUCUGCAGACAUUGUGAUAGGCGAAGGAGAGACGGGGAGUGGAGAAAAUGGAGACUCAACAAAUUCUACUCAAAACGUUACUUCCGAAGGUGCUCAAAACAUUGACCAUGAGGAUGCGCCCCCACAGUAUGACGACAUUGUCUGAAAGCUGCACCAUCUAUUGUUAUCUUUAGAAGUUGUAAAGCGCUGUAUUGGUUCACAAUGAUACACACUUUAUGGGGCUAUCUCUUUAAAUAAGAGUUUGGGAGCAUUUUCUUUCGAUUUAGCACAUUAUACUUUUCAUGGGAAGUCUCUUAAAACCCCCCAAAACAUUGUUUGGAACGCAAACUGGUACCAAAAAAAAACAGUGUGCGGUCUUAAACAGCUGUAGUUUUUUCUGAUAUCACGCUGUGCUUUUUCCGGAAAGUCUUGCAUCUGCGGAGAAUCUUCGUCAUUCAAAGGCAGCAUGUGUGGUGUAUCUGUCACUACUUUGGCGUUUUGCCGUCUCACGCAGAAGACACGAGUUCGAUUCGCGUGUGGGGAGAAUGUUUUUCGAGUAUCUCUGUCCUUCUGCUGUUUCGUUGUAUCGUUCUCAUCCAGGGUUGGCCUAGACAUGCAUGGUCGAAGCCCGCUUCCUAAAGGAUCAAGAUUUGUCUAUUCUUUUGGUUGUGUAUUUGUUCCCUUGAUGCAGGGCUUUUUUUAUAAGUGCGAAUGAGGGUGUAAAAAAGCAAUGGCUAUGAAGGAUAGUUUGAAGACAUCGAAUGAGAAUUGUUGUAUGUAUUAAGGAAGAAGAGAGAUAUGGUAGGAGAGGAUGAAUAUUACAUAAGAUGGAGAAAGAGAGAGAGAAAGAGCGGCUGACAGCAACUGACAAACAGGCAAACAGACAUACAAAGUA